UUGGUGGCUGUCAGAUCCUAAUCCUCCUUAUGUCCCUGUGAUCAAGCUGCAGAGAACUAGUGAACUAAACCUCUCGCAUACACGUGGGAUCUAAGUGCUUCUGAGCUGUCAAAAUAACCUUCUAGUGGAGCCAGCAAAUAAAGGGAUAAUGAUGACCUCUUCCUUUCCGCACACCCUGUGUAUAUAAUGCCCCCCCCCCCCCAUCAGCUGGUUAAACUGAAACAAACUAGCAAUGACGCCCUCGUGAUGCCCACGGCCACUAAUUCCCACACACACGUGGGCUCCUUCUCUUUAGGGGCACUGGGGAGACCAGCAGCACCUCUGCCCCCUCUCGCCCCCUCCUCUAACUAGCAAGUGAGGUAGGUUCUAUACAACUUUGCCAACCUCAGUUUUACUUUUUCUUCCUAAGUAGCAAUUUUCUCUUUGGCCACAUAGGGGAACUAUAAUGUGUCUUUCUGCUCUUCUGUUAUCUUCUCAGGCAGAAGCUUUUUUCUUGGAUAAAGUUAUACUGAAACUUUCAAACUGAUCUCACACCCUAAAUUGACGAGAUAAAAAAAAAAGAAAAAGUACCAGUUCUCUUUUAUUUACUUAUCCUGAACCAAGAGAGGAUCCAUUUUUUUCCCCUUCUUUUUUGAGAAUCAAGUUUUUUGAGAUCUGAUGGAUUCUUCCUCUCUGGCUUUUGCUUUCAACGCAGGUCAUGGAAAUUGACCCUAAAGGAAUUUUUUAAGCCAUAAAUUAAAUAAAGUCUUCGCCUGGGGGCUGAGAAUACCCAUCCUGGAACGGGCUUUCAUUGAGAGCUGACAAUAAUCACCCAGACUAGUGACUUAGCUAAGUGCAAAAUUUUCACAAAAAGUCAAUGAACAAGGGAGAUGUAUUUAUUGCUAUUACCCAAUGUCACUUUAAUGAAUUCACAAACCUUUUACCAGUGAUUUUUGGGUGUCGGGGUUGGUUUUCUUGAGUAUUUUGGCAGUGAUUCCUUCUGGUUUGGGGAAUUUUGAGAGGUGGUAAUGCCAUCAACUUCUGAAGUUCUGGCUGGUGUGAUAGGAGAACGCAACAUUGAAGAUUGGAAGGACAAACACUUAAUAAGUAUGUCUUCCAAGCAAGCCACCUCUCCUUUCACGUGUAAAGCAGAUGGAGAAGAAGAGAUGAUGGGGGACUUAGCAUCACGGGACAAGGAGGAAAGUCAUGACCAACACAUGACCACCCACCUGACUCUACACACACUAAUACACAACAAACCUCACUCUGAGGAGCUACCUUCACUUGUUUCUACCAUCCAAUCAGACGUUGACUGGGAAAGCAUGAUCGCUUCUCAGCAUAGAAUGGAAUCAGACAGCAAUAAACUUCGUUCUCUUAUUUCCUUCCGAAACACCUCUACCUCACCACACAAGCCUGAUGAAGGGGCUCGCGAGCGAAGCGAAUUUAUGUCCAAUGUUAAUUUCGGGACACCCGAACGCCGCAAGGGAAGCCUGGCAGAUGUGGUGGAUACUUUGAAACAAAAGAAGUUAGAGGAAAUGACGAGGACUGAGCAAGAAGAUUCUACUUGUAUGGAGAAACUUCUUUCUAAAGACUGAAAGAGAAAAUGGAACGGCCUGAACACAAGUGAGCUUCUGGGAGAAAUUAAAGGCACACCUGAAAGUUUAGCAGAAAAAGAGCGUCAACUUUCCACUAUGAUCACCCAGCUGAUCAGCCUCAGAGAACAGCUCCUCGCCGCCCACGAUGAACAGAAAAAACUGGCAGCUUCGCAGAUCGAGAAGCAGCGGCAACAGAUGGACCUUGCUCGUCAGCAACAGGAACAGAUAGCAAGACAACAGCAGCAGCUCCUGCAGCAACAGCACAAAAUCAACAUCCUACAGCAGCAAAUUCAGGUCCAGGGUCACAUGCCUCCGCUCAUGAUCCCAAUUUUUCCACACGACCAGCGGACGUUGGCAGCGGCUGCUGCUGCUCAGCAAGGAUUCCUGUUCCCUCCAGGACUAACGUACAAACCAGGUGAUAACUACCCCGUGCAGUUCAUUCCAUCAACAAUGGCAGCGGCUGCUGCUUCUGGACUCAGUCCUUUACAACUGCAGCAACUGUACGCUGCUCAGUUAGCCAGCAUGCAAGUGUCACCCGGAGCCAAAAUACCAACAAACCCACCUCCACAAAACACUGCAGGACCUUUGUCUCCAACUGCUAUCAAAAGUGAAAAGAGAGGGACGAGUCCUAUUGCACAGGUUAAGGAUGAAGCAGCGCAGCCCCUGAAUUUAUCAGCCAGACCGAAAACAGCUGAGCCUGUAAAAUCGCCCCCAUCUCCAAUGCAAAACUUUUUCUCAACCAGUAAAACCAGCCCCGUGAGCCUAUCGAACAAAAGUGGGAUUCCCAGUCCAAUUGGGGCAUCUCUUGGAAGAGGAUCGUCUUUAGAUAUUCUUUCUAGUCUUAAUUCACCUGCGCUGUUUGGGGACCAGGAUACAGUAAUGAAAGCUAUUCAGGAAGCUCGUAAGAUGAGAGAACAAAUUCAGAGGGAGCAACAGCAUCAGACGCAUGGAAUGGAUGGAAAAAUGUCCCUUAACAACAUGGGUUUGAACAACUGUAGAGGGGACAAGAUGCUGAUAGAUGCCAUCACAGGAAGGAUUUGCAUUAAAGAUGUACACGCAGAGAGAACACAUUUUGAAAACAUGGGGCAACAGUUCACAGGACAACCCAAUGAAGAUGGAAAACUAGGGCCCGGUGUCAUUGAUCUUACAAGACCUGAAGACGCAGAGGGAGGUACCACAGUUGUUGAAGCCAGAGUCUACAGGGAUGCACGUGGCAGAAGUACCAGUGAACCUCAUAUCAAGAGACCAAUGAAUGCAUUCAUGGUUUGGGCAAAAGAUGAACGCAGAAAAAUUCUCCAGGCAUUUCCAGACAUGCAUAACUCAAAUAUUAGCAAAAUUCUAGGUUCCCGUUGGAAAUCCAUGUCUAACCAAGAAAAGCAACCAUACUAUGAAGAGCAAGCUCGACUUAGCAAGAUCCACCUAGAGAAAUACCCCAACUACAAAUACAAACCUCGACCGAAACGUACCUGUAUUGUUGAUGGAAAGAAGCUACGCAUUGGAGAAUACAAACAACUUAUGAGGUCUAGAAGACAAGAGAUGAGGCAGUUUUUCACUGUAGGGCAACAGCCUCAGAUCCCAAUUAGCACAACUACUGGCGUUGUGUAUCCUGGUGCUAUUACCAUGGCAACCACCGCACCUUCACCUCAUAUGACGUCAGAUUGCUCAAGUAGUUCGGUCAGUCCUGAACCCACCAUCCCAGUUAUACAAGCAACGUACAACAUGAAGAUGGACAGUGCAAGCCUUGCUGAAAAUGAUCUGAUGAACGGAGUUGAUGAAAUGGAAAUGUAUGAUGACUAUGAGGAUGACCCAAAAUCAGACUAUAGCAGUGAAAAUGAAGCCAACGAGGCUGUCAGUGCCAACUGAGGAACAUUUGAAUAACUUUAUGGAAACUGAAAGAAAACAAAACAAACAACAUUACUCUUGACUUUGCUGGAGUUUUGAACAAACAAUAAAAAAAGAGCCCGCAUGCCUAUGUGGCUCCUACAACCCAUCAGCAGAAUGGUCUUAAAUAUUUCUUGAUGUGUGAGACAGAUUGACUUUCUCUAGUUUUGUUUCCCUUGAACUUUUUUUUUAAUUUUAGGUGAAGACAUAUAUAAAAAUCAGACAUCAGGACUAUCAGAACUUGAGAACUCUAAUGAACCCAUACCUGUCUUGCAAGUCUUACAUUUUUAGUGUGUUUCUCUCCUUUUUAUUUUUUUUUUGGAUGCUGAUAGAGUUUUAAGUUACUGUUUUUUAGAUGGGGGAUAAACAUUCUCACUCAGGUAUGCUGUGCCAGCCAUGUGAAUGUGUUUUUAUGCUGAUUUCAUUUAGAUGGUAAAUGCCAGUUUCUACAUAUUGUGAAUUCAAACGUGUACGUAAUAUGCUGCACAUAGUUAACAACACAGAGCUUAUUUAAACAGGAUUUUUUUUUAUCUUCUAAUGUGCCAAACAUUUCAUAUUCAUUCAGCCUAAAUGUUGAGAUCUUUAAAAAAAAAAAAUAAUAGACACUAAAAAGUCUUAGACAAUCUCUUUGUAUCUUAAACUUGGUAGUCAUUCAAAAGGUGUAGUAGUUGCUUACGUUUGGUAACUAUUCCCAUCUGACAUGAUUUCCAUAUAAUCUUAUAUUUUCCAGAGAAAUUCAAAAUACUCAGGAAUUUGGAGAUAUUUAGAAAGAAAGUAAACAUAGUUGCCAGUAACAUUGUUCAUGUUCGACUGCUUUUUCUGUUUUGAUAUGACAAAAUUGUAAGUUAUAACCUUGAAAAAGUAAGCACAAUUGAACAAUCACCAGUUAUAAAAUUGGGCUUAUAUUAAUAGUAUGCAAUCUUUGUACCUAUGUUAAAUUAACCCUUGUAUUCAGUCUUAAUCACAUUUUUUUUUCAUGAUCAGGAAUUGUUCAUUCCAGACUGCCAAGGGUCCAGUUGUACAAAACAUUUGUAAACCCUGAUGUGCUGCAGAAGAACAAAACACAUCUCUGUGCAGUGCUUAAAGGGACACUGAACCCAAAAUGUUUCUUUUAUGAUUCAGAUAGAGCAUGCAAUUUUAGACAACUUUAUAAUUUACUCCUAUUAUCAUUUUUUCUUCGUUCUCUUGCCAUCUUCAUUUGAAAAAGAAGGCAUCUAAGCUAAGGAGCCAGCCAAUUUUUGGUUUAGACCCUGGGCAGCACUUGUUUAUUGGUGGCUGAAUGUAUCCAUCAAUCAGCAAGAACAACCCAGGUCAUUCACCAAAAAUGGGCCGGCAUCUAAACUUUCAUUCUUGCUUUUCAAAUAAAUAUACCAAGAGAAUUAAGAAAAUUUGAUAAUAGGAGUAAAUUAGAAAGUUGCCUAAAAUUGCAUGCUUUAUCUGAAUCACGAAAGAAAAAAUUUGGGUUCAGUGCCCCUUUAAGUUCAAUCUCCGGCACUCAACUAUUUUAAAUGUUACUGGAUCUCCGAUAUAAAAAUAAUGUUUACCAUAUAGUCCCUGGAAGAAAGAAUGUUUGUUAUAGGAGGUGAUACCUUUCAUCGAACAAAUAAUAAAUUGUGGAUGAGAUACAGAGGUUUAUUCAUAAAACAAGAGCAUUUCACAAAAUUAUGGGUUUCAAAAACUGUAACUGGUUUAUAAAAAAUGUAUUUGUUCAUGGAGUGAUAUCACGUCCUUUUUUUUUUUUUUUCUAAAACUGUAUUUGUCCUAUUUUACAUCUGUUCUGUGCUAACUUAAAAAAGUGAAAAAUGCACUUUAAGAAGAACAGAAAAAAAUUAUAUUUAGUCUUUAUCCAAUGGCUGUUUUAUUUUGUAAGGAAACAUUCAUAAUUAUGUUUUGUGUUUUCUGUGUUAGACCUUGAAAUAAUUUAAUUUGCAAGCAAUGUACAAUCCAGUCAUGAAAGGUUGCUGUAGCCAUACAUGCAUAUAUUUAUUAUCUCCGGAUUGCAAUCACGGACACAAUCAAUUCAUUGGUUUUUCAAGAAUUUGGUGUCCUAAAUUAAUAUAAUUUCGAGAUCAGGUGUCUUUUCCAUUAUUAUCUAUGUGAUGUCAAAUAAUAAGCUGUAGGCUUCGCUAAUAACAUAUUAGGCAGGGAAGAAAGUUUUAUAUAUAUAAUAAUCAUUACUGUCAGAUAAUGCAGAGUCACUACUGUACAUUUCUUAUUUUAUUUCUAUGUAACUAUGUAAGAAAUUUUGUUUUAAUAUAAUAGAGUGAAGUAGAGAUUCACUAUGUUCUUAAUGCAACUCUUUCAAUGUCAGAGUAGGAAACGUACUGCUUACUAGUGACUGCUUGUAGCAUUUUAACAAGAUAUAGCCAUACUGUUUAGAACUAUAGCCAGCAUUUCUAUUCCUGGUAUGGUACAACCAUAAUAAUUUCCAAUGCUACAUAUCAUCUCAAUAAUGUGACCACACAAGGGAUUGUUAAUUUGUACUGUAGUUAUAUAUUUGUUUUAUGGAUGCAAUUAAUUUAUGUUUAAAAUACAAAUUUACCUUUACCAGUUGUGUACUGAAGUGUAAUUCAGAAAACAAGCUAUUGUUUGAGGUACAUCAAAGUAGUCUUAAAGGGACACUAAGGUCAAAAUCUAAAGGGAAAUUAAACUGCUGGGUACAACUAUAAUAACAUGGUUACUAUUUACCAUGAUCUUGUUAUUCCUUUCCUGCCUGCAGCUCUCUUGAAAGCUAUUGUCUUUGUAUUCCUUUAAAAGUGCUAGUUUUGGAAGCUCUGCAUCUUCACACUGGUGGCUGCCAUCUUGGAAUAUAAGUAUUCUUGUACCCUGUGACAGAAGUUGGUGCACAUUCACAGAUCAGUGAUAUUGUUAUCUUCCUGAAGAGCUGUAUAAUGCAUGUAGUUUGGGGGGCACAAUACAGAGCAGGAGCUGUACAUUUUUGCGGUGGCUGCAGUUCUCUAUAUUAUUUUUUGGUUUUCUCUAUCUUCUAAACUGUAAAUAAAAUUUCAAAAAUGUAACUUAUCUGCUUUCUAUUGUGCAAGUUAAUUGAAAGUGUCAGGUACAGCUGUCAAAAAGCCACUAAUGUUCUGUCACAGAAUACAAUAAUACGUGCGUACCAAGAUAGCAGCGCCCAGAAGAAAGCUGCAUAGCUUUACCGUCUGGCUUCUGAUACAGGUAGAGUAAGAAAACCAGAAGCAUGGUAAGUAUUAUCCAUGCCACUCUAGUUGUACGCGGCAUUUUAUUGUCCCUUUAAUUUUCAAAUUCAGACACAGCAUGCAAUUUGAACAAACAAAAACCUUUCCAAUUAAAUUCUGUUAUGAAAUUUUCUUCUUUUUCUGUGUAACUUUUGUUGAAGGAAACCUGAGUAAGCUCAUAGAUGCUGAGGAGCAACAAUGUAUAAUAUUGCUACAAACAUUGUUGCAAACACUGCUGCCAUUAAAUGCUAAGGACACAUACAUGAUUCUAUGAGAUUUACUCUUCGAAAAUGAUCUCCAACGGAACAAAGGAAAUCUCAUAAUAUUAGUUAACUGGAAAGUUUUUUGUUUUUUUUAAAUAAUUGCAUGGUCUGAAUGGUCUCAAUCAAGAAUGUUAAAUUUUGAUAUUAGAAUCCCUUUAACCAGUACCUUUUAGCAUAGUCAGACGGCAAUCCGUAGGAAAUCGUGAUUGAUAAUCUAACAAAGUACUGCUUUCAGACUUUAGAUAUAAAUGGACAGUAUUUGAUUCUACAAAGCAGAACUACAGUGCAAUAAAUGCUAUUCUUUGUAAGGAAGGUAAUUAAUUUGUGGGAAUCUAUUGCACAUUUAACAGGGACAGUGUAAACUAAAAUAAAAAAACUAAAAUUCUAUUCCAUUACAUUUUAAUUGUUUAUGUAACUGAAGUGUUGUAAGUUGUCAAAUUCUGACUAUAUAAUUUUUUUUUUUUUUAAAUAGAUUCUACUUAAAAUAAUAUCACUGAAUUUUGCUAAAAAUCCAAUAAAUCUAGUGGAGACUGUUGUUGAAAAGUAAAUUUAAUAAACCAUUUCCUUAUUAUUUUUUUAAAAAAGGAAUUACUUAAAUAAAAAAAUGCUUACAAAAUAAAAUCAAUUUCAUUGCAAUCAUUUUAAAUUGAUCUCAAUAAAUUAAUGCCAGAACCUCUUUGUAUAAAUUUUAGAGGUUGAUUGUUCCUAUGUUAACCACUAGAGUGCUGUUUGAGCAAUUUUUUCACAUACAAAAAGAAAGACUAGUGUGUUCUUUUUUUUCCAUAUGAAACAGAGUAGUUUACUACAAAAAUGUUUGAAUAAAUUAUUAGGAUUUUUACUUCAUUCCUAAUGCAAAAAAAAUGAUUAUUUCUGGAGUGACUUAAAAGCCUAUAUUUUGCUACAUUUCUAGAAACAAAUUAAUAGUUUACCUUUGAUAUAUAAUAUAUAAAUGCAACUAAAGUUUGUGCCAGAUAUUGUUCAUUAAAUGCAUUAGUGAAGGGAAGCCAUUAAAGCCAGUAUUAUGUAUACAAGCAAUGUCCCAUUUCAAUAUUGUUUUUCUAUUUUGGAAUUAUUUUGGAAUGAUUUUGUCACUUACAACACUUUUUGUCCAUGUAGUUUGCCCGAAAAUUUGUAUUUAACAGAUCUAACAUAACAAUGAAAGCCUUAUAUCUUUUGUUCAGUAAAAGAAAAUUCUGAAUUUUUGUUUUUCAUUUAUUUAACCCAUUUUGCUGUCCCUGUGGCAAAGUGAUUUAAUGACAUUUUUGCAUCAUUUUUAUGUGCAGCCAAUCAUUUAGGUUAGCAAAUAUUUUCUUUUUUUAUGACUGUAAUAGUUGUAAAAAAACAAGAAAUACUGUUCAAUAACAAAAAUACUUUAAUACUGAAACUUGAUUUUGCUUGUACUACAAAAGCACACAUGCAUAGAUUUUUAUAUAUACUAAUAUAUAAAAUGGAUAUAAAUGGUACUUUUAAGCAAUUCUGACUAAUGUGAAACUGUUGUAUAAAAAAAAAAACCUGAACAAAAGUCAUCUGUUUUGCUAUGUGUGGGUAAGCCUCACAGUUGCCGGAUCUGAGUCAUUUAUACGUCUUGUUAUUACAUUUAUUUAUGCAUAAUACUUGUAUGUUUGAACACUUUGUUUAAGCUCCAGUUUUUCGCAAGCCUUAACUAUGUGUAAGAUUAUUUUAAAAUAUUGGUUACAUUAAUUAGACAAAAUAUUAUAUAUGUGGCCUGAAAAAAAUAUAUUUUAUAUAAAAAAACAUACUUAGCAACUUUAAAUUUAUUUAUUAGCCAGUAUAGGCUCUAAAAAAUUAUAACCAAUGGUCAUGUUAUCUAUAACUGGAGCUUUGUUAUAGCAACAUAGAUAAUUUACUAUCUAGUUUUAGAUUUUUUUUCAUUUUGUAAAUAUAUAAUAAGAAAUAUAUUUUAUUUUUCACCUAAUAUGUUAUUAAGUAAAUUAUAAACUGCAUUAAUGGUUAUUACAUGCUUAUUUUGGUCCAUGGCAGAAUGCUGAUAAUUUACUGUAGUUAUUAAAUAUUUUACUAAAAAUGAGAAUUGAAGAGUGUAAGAUAAGGAAAGCAAAACACAUUAUUUAAACAACAAAUGUGCUGUCUCACAAAUACGUUGCUGAUUCUAUGAGACACAAUUAGGUAUUAAAGAUAUAUAGCUAUUGAUCUCUGCAAAAGUCUUUCAUAUAGAUUUUGUAUUGGUUAUAUUUUGAGGCGCUACAUUUUUAUUAGAGCUCAAGUCAUAUUUAUAUUCAAAUAUCAAUAGUAUUCCUUUUUUAUUAAUGAAUCACACACACACAUAUAUAUAUAUAUAUAUAUAUAUAUAUAUAUAAACAGAUACAUUAGAUAGAUAGAUUGAUAGAUGAUAGAUAGAUCGAUAGAUAGAUUGAUAGAUGUGACAUAUAGAUAGAUUAGAUAGGUAGGAGGAAGGGAAACAUUUUUUACUUAGCAUAAAGUGUCUUGGAUUAUUUUAUUACAUUAGCAUAAAAUACAAUAAUUCAGAAAUAAUCAGUAAUAUGUGCUGCAUCUACACUCACUUUAAAUUUUCAAGCUUUUGCCAUAUUGUAUGUAUUCUUUUUUUUUAGAUUAAGUUUUGUGCCAAAUCAUCCCUGUAUUACUCUAGGAGUUCCAGCAGCUCCUAGCAUGGAAAAUGUGCUGAGCAAAUUGUGUCUUUGCAUACGACAAAAUGGUGCAUUGAAUAUUUAAAAAUACAUCUCAAAGAUAGGAAUAUUUUACUCAAUAAUGAAGGUAUUAAAACGAGUUUAUCCUAAACUGUAUUCACCAGUGUUUUUUAAAUUGUUAGGAAUACAUUUAUUGGUAAAAACAAUACAUUUAGUUGACCUGUUUUCCUUAAGCAUUGGCUUUAUUUAUAUUAAAAAUAGCAGCAAAACACCUCUUACAAUAAUUCACUACUUUUUUAGUGUAUAAUAUAAAGGUGUAUUUAAUACAUCCUAUAUCAGUCUAGAAGUUUAGUGUAUCAUAAGUCUAUUAAUAUUAUCUUGGAAACUGGCACUUAAAAAAAAAAAAGAAGUAAACAUAAGAGUUGUUUUUAAGUCAAGAAUGUUUCUUAAUGAUUUAAGAUUUUACUUCUUAAAGUGAUGGUAAACUUUAAAUAAUCAAAUGCCAUAAAUGUAAUCUUUGCCAUUAAAAAAGUAUAUGUGUACCUUUUUUAAAAAAAAAUCCAUCUGUGAAAGGGUUAAAUUAGUACAUAUAUUAAUGCUUCUAUUACAAUAUUAUGCCGGCCCACAUGGAUGAACUCUUUUUUUUUAAUGACAAUUCCAAUGAACAUCCAAUCAACAUGUGUGUCAUUUGACAAUCUUGAAUUCCAGCCCCUUUAAAGCCCAUAGAAAGCCUAUGUAGAGAGUGGGUGUGACAAUACCAAUUAUGAUUAUAAAUCUUUUAUUAUAAAAUAUAUAUCUACACUUUAAAAAAAAUUAAUUAUGUGGUUUUACUUGAAAACUAAUAUAUGAUUUAUUGCAACAUUCUUAUAGUCUGAAAUUUACCAUCACUUUAACAAUCCUGCUUUUUCAAAUAAAGAUACCAAGAGAAUGAAGAAAAAAUGCCUAUAGGAGUAAAUUAGAAAGAUGCUUAAAAUUGCUGCUUUGUCUGAAUCACAAAAGAAAAAAAUUGGGUUUACUAUCCCUUUAAUCACCAAGUCAAUAAAGGAAUGAAUAAUUGUGAGGCAUUGGUUUCCAACAACAGUUUCACAUUAGCCCAGAAAGAAGAAGUGUUAACUGCUUACAUACGUAAUGAUGCGCUUUGCAAAUUCAAGUGAUCAUACAAUUGCUAUGCAUAGUCAUUUAUAAACUCACAGUCUACACAAAGCAAUAGUGCACAGAAAAGAGGAAAAAAAUAUGGUUUUGUCAUAUUAGUAUGAAAUAAAAAAUCACUGCUGGAAAUCAUGUUCAUUAGCUGGAUAAAAUGAUCAGCAUACACAUAUAUCACCAUCUAGUCAAUUGGCUCAGCUCCCUUUCACCUGGUACAAAAAAAGAAAACUACAUUUUCAAAGUAACUUAUAUAAGAUAGCACUUGGUACCAUUUCAUUCAACACACAGCUGGUAUUAACAUAAAUCUUUGUUCUUCUUUACGUCUUAUUCUUACCUAAGGUACGAUUUUGUCUGUAGCAGUGAUGGGUUCAUUGCGGGAUUGGUUCGGUGCUGGUUAGGAGCCAAUGCACUUUGAUAUGCAGUGUGUUUUGUCACUUCCAACACUGAAGGGUUUAAAAGACAAUUUUGAUUAGAAUGUGAAAUAUAGAGUUUGAGGUCAUAGGUGCUUUUUGUCAUAUGUCAUUGAAAUCUGAAACUGGCACUUAAAACACACUUUGUCAAAAAGCAAACAAUAUUGAUGACCUCAGUUUACAAAAGCACUUGUUACAUUUCAUUACUUGCUUUCUCACCCAGUCCUUUGUUUUGUAAAGUGUUUUUAUGUUUUAUUUUAUACUGAACUGUAGAUCUUUUUUGAUAGUAUCCCACAUGUAUCAUUUUUUAUAGUCACAUGUCUUUUUGACUGCUCUUUUUUUUUUUUAAAUACACAAUGUUUUAAUUGAUGUAGACAUGUACUAAAACUGAAACAAUGAAUGCAGAAAAUCGUCUAUAAUACGAGUAGGUGCAAAGCAACUUCAUGACAUGGCUUGCAUUGUAACGUAAGCUCUGCUUGGCGAAGAACCAUGAGUGAGGUCUUUGGUGCUCUUGCAGUAUGGGAAGGUGCAAAUAUGUAAUUGUAUGCUGCACAUUGCAGAUCGACUAGUGUGCAUUGUAUGUCUGUCUUCCUUUGUCACUUGUGCUAUGCUUUUUUUGUAAGAAAAAAAAAAGAUAAGGAAAUAUCCUUCCCCUUUGUACUCCCAGCCAUCUUAUAGCAUAAUAAGAAACAAAUGCUUAGCAUUUAUGUUUUUACAUUAUUGUAAUGUCUAUACAAAGAUACAUUAAAACAAACUCAAAGCUGUUACUACAUACCUUACUGUAAACCCCUCCCUCUAAUGACAUUGUAAUGUUUGUGAUGUUUUAUUGUGAGAUUAUAAUCUAUGUUAAUUUAAUUAGCACAAUUCACUGACAUGCUGGACUGACAGGCUGGCUGCUGUUUGGAAGUGUAACCUGUUGUUUAGAGCUGUUGGAACAACCCAGUUUGUGUUGUCAUGGAACUUUGCUUUGGUUUCUACGGUAACUAAAAUGGGUUUUACUCAUUAAGAGCUAGGGCUGUUAUUUUUAAACACCCGCUAGCAAAAUUAAACUGGCAGUUCUUUUUUCUUUGAGUAUAAAUUCUAUGUACAAUGCAGGUACCCAUCUACUCCAAUGGCUUCUAACUAUUUGGACGUUUAGAGAAAAAAAAGAAAAAAAAAAAGAAAGAAAAAAAAACUAGUGUCUAUUGCUGCUUUGAAUAUGUUUUAAAGUCUGAAAAUGUAAAUAGUUUAUGGAAAAAAAAUCUUGUACAGUCCAGUGUAAAGUUUUUAACUGAACUUAAACGUUGCCAUCACUUGUUCCUGACACGCUCCUCUUGAUACAGUACAAAUACCUGUUUGCAAAGGAUAAAGAUUAAAUAAAUCUGAUCGGAAAUGAAAAUGUAAUUGUUUAUUCUCAGCUUUUGCUUCAUUGCAUAGACAGAAUUAUUGCAUCCACUUGUGCAGUAUUGACGUGAGGUAAAUAAAAAAAUAUUUCAGUGGUACUUUUAUUUUAUAUUUUUUUAAAUGUGUUCUCCAUCUCUGCCUCAUUAAUUAAUGGAAAGACACAUUUAAAUGGCUUCUUUUUUUUGUAAUACGUUACAGUGUAUGACAGCACCUUAGUUACACACAUUCAUAUUGCACAAGGUGUUUUUGGAUAUGUUUAACAUGCAAUGCUGUUAGGACAAAACUAAACAUGCUAAGAUAGGUACGAGAUCCUCUAGGGAGUGGUUGAAAGACUGCCUGUUAAGCUAAUUUACCUCAAUACUGUCCUCUCCACUCUUAAUCAACUCACCAUCACUCCAUCUUUUGUACUGCUGUUGACACUUACAAAUUAAAGAUACAUUUUGUUGUA